ACUACUCUCAGGACAGUAGUGAGCAGUGUGUGUGAUAUCUGCUGUUCUGCGCAUACAGUACUGUGUGAAUGAGGGAGAUAUAGACACGCAGUGUUCAUGUCUGAGAUGCUGACUGGACAGGGCACUUCGCAUACUGUAGUGUAUAGCGCGGUCUGCAGUAGGGCGGUGUCUUCACCUUCAGUUUAUUGUUAUUUACUGAGUGUACAGCAGAGGAAAACACAGAGAUAAAGCUGAAUGCACACAGUCAUCCUCAAUGUGCGGCGGAAGUGGGCAGUAAAUCAGUGCCCUCGUUAGUGUGUUUGCUGUAGUACAGGCGGCGCUUUGUUUCAGUCGCACACGCCCGUGCCCGACACACACACACACGCGCUCGACGCGCCGCCGCGCAUUUCCCGUUGGAAGCUCGACACGUCACGCCGAAUCUAACGGAAAACAACGGCUUCUCACUCGGGAUGAAGGGAGGGAUCGCGCCGCGGUCAUCUGGCGGAGAAUAAUCGCGAGGAUCGCCUCAGUGUGUCCGGCUGGAUUGGGCUGGGAACAGCAGGAUUCUCCCGCAUUCCCGCUGCAGAAUGAGCGCGCAUUGAACACACUCCUGCCCAGAUCUGAUCCACACCCGACGGACACGAUGGAGGAAGUUUUCACGCCUUUGUUGGAGGAUUUUCUGCAGUCUGCUCUGGUGUGCUGGGUGAAGACGGUCUCUCAGCUCAUCUCUGAUGGAUCUCCUCUGACGGACUUCAUGACUCUAGUGGACGGAGUGUAUCUGAACGACAUCAUGAUUCAGAUUAACCCGCAGUCGAGCGUCCAGAGACCCCACAGGAAGGUGAACAACGACCCGACGCUGCGCAUCCAGAACCUGUCCGUCCUCGUGCAGCAGAUCAAGAGCUACUAUCAGGAGACGCUGCAGCAGCUGGUGGUGAUGUCACUUCCUGACGUGCUGGUGUUGGGCAGGACUCCUCUCAGUGAGCAAGGACUGGAGGAGAUGAGGAAACUGCUGCUGCUGCUGCUGGGCUGCGCUGUACAGUGCGACAGGAAGGAGGAAUACAUCGACAGGAUCCAGACGCUGGACUAUGACACGCAGGCAGCCAUUGCCGCUCACAUCCAAGAGGUGACCCAUAACCAGGAGAACGUCUUUGACCUUCAGUGUGUGGAGGAGAGCGAGUCCGUCCCGCACGAUAAAGACACGCUUGUCAGAGACCUGACCUUUAACCUCAAGCGCCUCGUAGACGAGAGAGACCAACAGGCUGAGACGAUCGUGUCUCUGACUCUGGAGCGGGACUGCGGUCACGCGUCUCCUGCGGUCCACGCCGCCCCGUCGCCCAGCGAGUCGCCCAGCAUGAGACGCACGGAGAGCGUGCAGCACCUGUCUGUGGAGCUGGCCGACGCUAAAGCCAAGAUCAGACGCCUGCGGCAGGAGCUAGAGGAGAAGACUGAACAGCUGCUGGACUGCAGGCAGGAGCUGGACAACAUGGAGGCAGAAGUGAAGAGACUGCAGCAGGAAAACCUGCAGUUGAUGUGUGACGCGCGUUCGCUGCGGGCGUAUCGUGACGAGCUGGACGCGCUCCGAGAGAAGGCCGUCAGAGUGGACAAACUGGAGAGUGAAAUGAUGCGCUACAAAGAGAAACUCCACGACAUUGAGUUCUACAGGACCAGAGUGGAGGAACUGAAGGAGGACAAUCAGGUUCUGCUGGAGACCAAAAGCAUGCUGGAGGAUCAGCUGGAGUCAUUCAGAGCUCGAUCUGAUAAACAUCAUGAGCUGGAGAAGGAAAAUCUGCAGCUUAAAAACAAGAUCCAUGACAUGGAGAUGGAGCGAGACAUGGACAGGAAGCGCAUGGAGGAGCUGCUGGAGGAGAACCUGUCGCUAGAGAUGGCUCAGAAACAGAGUAUGGACGAGUCUCUGCAUCUGGGCUGGGAACUGGAGCAGCUCUCCAAAACCACACCUGAACUCACUGAAGUGCCGCAGAAAUCUCUGGGUCACGAGGUGAAUGACCUGACGUCCAGUCAGCUGCUCAAGCUGGAGAAGGAGAAUCAGAUGCUGCUGAAGACCGUGGAGGAGCUGAAGGCGUCGAGUGAGGGCGGCGCGCGCCUCCGACUGGAGAAAGACAAGCAGAAACUCAGCCAGCAGCUGGAGCAGCUGCAGACGGAGCUGACCGCAGACAGAGAGAGUCUGCGCAGUGCUGAGAGUCUGAGCGCAGACCUGAUGAAAGAGAAAGCGCAGCUGGAGAAAACGCUGGAAACACUCCAAGAGAACUCCGACAGACAGGUCAAGGGUCUGGAACAGGAGAACGAACAUCUGAACCAGACCAUCGCCUCUCUCAGGCAGCGCUCUCAGGUUAGCGCUGAAGCCCGCGUCAAAGACAUUGAGAAAGAAAACCGUGUGUUGCACGAGUCCAUCAAAGAGACCAGCAGCAAACUCAACAAGAUGGAGUUUGAGCGCAAGCAGCUUCGCAAAGACCUGGAGCACUACAAAGAUAAAGGAGAAAGAGCUGAAGAGUUGGAGAUGGAGGUCCAUCGACUGGAGCGAGAAAAGGAGAGUCUGCAGAAGCGACUCGCCGCUCUCGCCAUCACCUGUGAGAAGGUGGAGGUGUUGGAGAAGGAGAAUGCCGAACUGGAAGCGGAGAGUAGAAGGCAUAAGAAAGCAGCAGACGGUCUGAGAAAUGUUUCCUAUCAACUGGAGGUCCUGGAGAAGGAAAGCGCUCAGCUCGACGAAGAAAACCUGGAGCUCAGGCGCAUGGUCGAGUCUUUACGGUCCACGGGAGCAAAAGCGGCCCAGCUGGAGCUGGAGAACAGAGAGCUGGAGAAUGAGAGAACUCAACUCAGAAAGAGCCUUGAGCUGCUGAAGGCUUCGUCCAAAAAGAACGAACGUCUGGAAGUAAGUAACCAAAGCCUAGAUGCAGAGAACCAGCGGCUCCAGAAAGCCCUGGAGAACGGCAGCCGCAAGAUCCAGAAGCUGGAGGGGGAACUGCAGGACAUGGAGGUGGAGAACCAGAACCUGCAGCAGAGCCUGGAGGAGCUGAAGAUCUCCAGCAAAGGUCUGGAGCAGCUGGCGCAGGAGAACGCAACCCUGGAGCAGGAGAACACUCAGCUGGAGAGGGACAAGAAACUGCUGGAGAAGGAGAACAAACGGCUGCGACAGCAAGCUGAAAUUAAAGACUCUAAGCUAGACGAAGACAACCUGCGUAUCUCUCAUCUCGAGAAAGAGAACCGUGUGCUCGGCAAGGAAGUCGCCACUCUCAAAGACACGUGUGGUCGCAUGAAAGACUUGGAAAAGGACAACAAGGAGCUGGUCAAACAAGCAACCAUUGACAAGAAGACUUUGGUCACUCUGAGAGAGGAACUAGUCAAUGAAAAAUUAAAGACUCAGCAGAUUAACAAUGACCUGGAGAAACUGACCCAUGAGCUUGAGAAGAUCGGUCUCAAUAAAGAGGGUCUUCUGGGUGAUGAAGAGAGCUCUGAUGACAGGUUUAAGCUUCUAGAGUGUAAGCUAGAGUCCACUCUGAAAUCCUCUCUAGAGAUCAAAGCGGAGAAGAUAGCUGCUCUAGAAGCCCGACUGCAGGAGUCCUCCAACCUCAACCAGCAGCUACGGCAGGAACUCAAAACGGUGAAGAAGAACUACGAGGCGCUGCGUCAGCGUCAGGAGGAGGAGUGUACGGCUCAGAGCUCACCUGCUAGAGGACGGGAGGACACACAGAGCAUCAGUAAAUGGGAGAAGGAGAGUCAGGAAGCCACACGAGAGCUUCUGAAGGUCAAGGAUCGACUCAUAGAGGUGGAGAGAAACAACGCCACUCUUCAAGCAGAGAAACAGGCUCUCCGGACGCAGUUAAAGCAGCUGGAGUCUCAGAGCAGUAAUCUUCAGGCGCAGAUAUUAGCGCUGCAGAGGCAGACCGCGUCCCUACAGGAGAACAACACCACGCUGCAAACACAGAACGCCAAACUACAGGUGGAGAACUCGACACUGAACUCUCAGAGCGCUGCUCUCAUGUCCCAGAAUGCCCAGCUGCAGACGCAGCAGUCCAGCACAGAGAGCGAGAGAGACGUCGCCAUGCGAGAGAAGGAAGAACUACGCGCGGUGUACGAUCUGCUGCUACACGACCACGAGAAACUGUCCGCCCUGCACGAGAGACAGGCAUCCGAGUACGAGGAUCUGAUCGGCAAACAUGGAGAGCUGAAGAGCGGCCAUAAAAGCCUGGAGGUGCAGCACCGCAGCCUGGAGAACAGGUACAAUCAGCUGUUGAAGCAGAAGACAGAGCUGGCGAAGCUGGAGAAGGAACUCAAAGCAGAUCGAGAGAAGAUGAUCUCCGACAACAAGAGCCAUCAGGACACGGCUGCACAGUACCACAAACUCAGCGCAGAGCACCACACGCUGAAUUCUACAUACCAACAGCUCCUGAAGGACAAUGAGCUUCUGCAGACGGAUCAUAAGACUCUUAAGAGUCAGCUGAACACGGCCCGUCUGGAGCAGACCCGUCUGGAGGCCGAGUUCUCCAAACUCAAGGAACAGUACCAGCAGCUGGACAUAACCUCUACCAAACUCACCAACCAGUGCGAGCUGUUAAGUCAGUUGAAAGGGAAUCUAGAGGAAGAGAACCGGCAUUUGCUGGAUCAGAUCCAGACCCUCAUGCUGCAGAACCGGACCCUGCUGGAGCAGACCAUGGAGAGCAAAGACCUGUUCCACGUCGAGCAGCGGCAAUACAUUGAUAAACUCAAUGAACUAAGGAGACAGAAAGAGAAACUUGAGGAGAAGAUCAUGGAUCAGUAUAAAUUUUAUGACCCAUCACCUCCACGAAGGAGGGGUAACUGGAUCACACUGAAGAUGAAGAAACUCAUCAAGCCAAAGCGCAUGCGCUCUCUCACACAGACCCCGUCCCGCUCAGAGUCCAGCGAAGGCUUCCUGACGCUGCCCCACCCAGACAGUCAGGACAGCUCGUCCAUAGGCUCCGGAUCCAACUCACUGGAGGAUUCGCUCACCCACCGCAGCGGCAGGAAGAGAGCUGAGAAAAGCCAAACGCAGGCUUCCUCUAACGCGCUGAAAAAGCUUCCGUUCAUGAGGAACCGAUCCAAGGAGAAAGACCGAGUGAAGGCCGUCUACCGCCGCUCUAUGUCCAUGAAUGACCUUCUGCAGUCCAUGGCGGUGUCCGAGGGUCAGUGGUCCAGCAGCACUGAUCAUCUGGAAGCUCCUGAUGGGAAGGAGUUCGGAUCCAUGGACUAUUCCAGCGCUGCUGCCGAAUACGCCAGCCUGAGCCGCGGCCGCAGCGCUCGACACCACACCGAUACAGGUAAUGCCGUGUCCAGUGAUGACAUCACACAGUUAUCCUCAGAGGAGUCCGGUGUGCUGCGAGCUCAGGGCGUGAUGAACGGCAGUGCGAGCGCAGCUCACAGUGAGAGCAGUGGUGACGUCAGCGUGAGUUUGGACAGUCCGCAGCACAGCUCUCUGGACGGCAAAUGCAGGGCCAAAUCUGCAGGCAGUGAGAUGGUUUCCCUGCAGCAGUUCCUGAUCGAGAGCACGGACCCAGCAGAGGACGCUCUGGCAGCACAGUCGGGACACGCAUCCGGAGCCGCGCCACAGACGUCCAAAGAGCGCGUGAGGGGCCGCGGCAUCUUGCGUUCGGCCAGCGGCAAGGCGUCGGCGUCAGAAUCCAGCGCCGCACGAGCCAGCCAACCGGGACGCCCGAGCCUGCGUAAGGCCGAGAGCACACGCGCCAAGGGCUCAGCGCCACCUCGGGCCGGCCUGUCGUCCCAGAGUAAGGCGGUGUCGGUGUCGGAGCGGCUGGACGCAUCCUCAGGUCUGCCCCGCGCCAGCAGCGUCAUCUCCACCGCCGAGGGCACCGUCCGCAGGACCAGCAUCCACGACCUGCUCUCCAAGGACAGCCGGCAGCCCGUUCUGGUCGACCCGUCGCCCUCCAGGACCAAGAGCGCCUCCAGUGAGUACGGCCCCGUAUCCCAGGCCCCCGACGCCCUGCCCAAGUCCGCUAGCAUGCCCUGCAGCGUAGAGGAGCCCGAGCUGAGCAGCCUGCAAGCCUUUCUAGGUCCUUCCUUCACCGUAGACUCCAUCUUUCUCGACUCCAUCUUUUGCGAGCCGGCGGUGACGGGCGGCGCUAGAAACCAGGCCAUCCUGUCGCUCAACACGUCUCUUGUUAGUAACAUUAGCGGCCCUCCCCAUAAAGCCCCUCGGAGCGAACGCGAGCAUCCUGCUGAGGCUGACCCCGAUGCGUGCGUGCCGUCGGAGGACGGUCAGUCGCUGUGGUACGAGUACGGCUGCGUGUGACGCUCCACCUGCAUGAACGCUGUCAGGAUCCCUGCGUCUGCAUGAGUUUCUGUUCGAUGUUUUAUACUGAUCAUGAUGAUGUGAUUAUUCUGCCGAUAACACAUUGAAGGGUUUGACCUGAACUUCCAUCACUGUGGUAUUAACCCAUGUUCAUGUUCACCUGCUGUCUGGUGUGUUUGGGCAGCAUGUAACCGCUAGGUUGAUCUACUUCCAUAUUUAUGAAAAUGAGGCUUGUAGAACAAGUCCCAUGAUGCUCCUCUGAGCUACUUGAGGAACUGCUCCGUUCAUUUAUGUUUUAUUAUUUAAAUGACACUUCCCCGGGACAUGUGUUUGUGAUGUUUGUGUGCAUGGCUUUAUCCCGACGCUCCAUUCUGACGGCUGUGAUCAGAAUGAGUGUUUCCCAGAGCACGUCUUGUGUCGGAUGUGUUCACGUGUGAUCUGUGUCGUACGCGUCACGCAUGUGGCCGAACCUCGAGGGAGUCGCGAACGCUCAUAGACCAGAGAUUCUCACGAACACACGAUACUCUACAGCUCAGACUCGACUGUUUAUCAUGUUUAAUGCAUGUUGUAUGUCCUGAUAAUGUUUUUCAUUAUAUUCAUUGUGUAAUGUCCAGUUGAAGUGUGACUUGCUUUUGUUCUGCAGAUGUGGAAGUAUUACAGGAAAACAGGAAGUCUAAAAGAGGUGGCA